GGCCCGCCCCAUCUGGAGAACUGGUGGCGGGUGUUUUGCCUCUAUUUAGUUGCGUUUUGGGGAGGUUUGUAUGAAAUCUUGAAUUCUGGGGUGCCAAGCUGCUCUGGUUGUACCGGGGUGUGACUAGGGAGGCACAGGAGAGGGAAUUCCUGGAUCACCGUGACGUGUUUUGCGGCCAAGCGUCACAGCAUAAAUUUGCACCUGGUGCUCAGGUUGUUAUUAUCAGGAUGGGUUCCUUCCGGGGAGCUUUUCUGUCUCUUUUUUUCUCAGCUUCCACUGCUGAUGCUGGCUUGAGCAAGAAGGUGUGGGAGGAAACCAGAGGUGUUACUCUAUUAUCACACCAUCAAUGGUACCGUUUCAGAGAAAGCAACUCCCCUUUCUAACGUGCCCUUGUCUCUUUACUGCUAAACCUGGUGCCCAUCCCAGGGCUUGGGUGUGUGUCAGUCACCUGUCGCCAUCCCCUUCACAGUUUGUCACAUGUAGCAGUGACUCCUGUAUCCUGAGCCUGGUGACAUGAAGUGGGUGAGGGGCACCUUCCAGCCACCGAUGUCCCCUCAUUUGAGACAGGGGCUGAUUGUUCCUCACUCUGCACUUCUUAAUACUAAAAUCUCCUUUAAAAAUGAGCCCUGUCUUCUUUAAACUCUCAGACAUCUUCUGUUGUUUCAGUGGCUAAUCUGUAUUUUGAAAUACAGACAGUAAGAAUGUCCCAUAAGCCUGUGAAGUGUUUCAGCAUUUCCAGCCUGUCAGGAGCACCCGGGUUCUUGACAGGUCCUGGCAUUAUCAGCACGGUCUGCGACGUGGACUUCGCUGCCUUACGCCCUCUGAUACCUCCUGGGUGGAGCUGGCAAAGACAAACAAGGCAGCAAGCACUCGAGUCCCAUGCUGGAGCAGGAAGGAAACGAUAAAUUGAAUGGCACUGAGGCUGUAAUUGAUUCAUGGGAGUGGAAAAAUAGCCACCACCUGCCAACACUGAUCAUGUCUUGGCAUCUCGGUGCCAUAUGUGGCAGCAACGGGACAGGAGCACUGCAGCUAUUGACAGCUCCUCCAGAUACUAUUACAACAAGAGGAUCCUGCACAAGACAAAGGGCAAAAGGUUUACUUACAAGUUCAACUUCAACAAGCUGGUGAUGCCCAACUACCCCUUCAUCAACAUUCGGCCUAACGGUGUCGUGCCGCAGAGCGCUCCUCCCGUCCCCACGGCUUCGUCCCGUUUCCACUUCCCACCUCUGGACAGCCACUCUCCCACCGACGAUGCUCAGCCCGGCCGCUUUUCCGGCCCAUCCUUGGUCCCAUCCAACCCAGAAGCUCUGGGAGACGGCGGCGAGAGGAAGCCUGACCUGCCGGAGCUGGAGGACGGCUCCGCCGAUUGGCGUCGCGGUGUGGAUCUCAUGGCCUCACGCAACACUGCGGGCGCCGGGGGUGUCAACCACCAGAAGCGCAAACCAGACAUCAUGCUGCCUCUCUUCACCAGGCCAGGCAUCUACCCGGAUCCUCACAGCCCCUUCGCCGUGUCCCCUCUGCCAGGACGCGGCGGGGUCCUCAACGUCCCCAUCUCGCCUGCGCUGUCCCUGACGCCCACCCUGUUCUCCUACAGCCCGUCUCCAGGCCUCAGCCCCUUCACGGGCAGCAGCUGCUUCUCUUUCAACCCCGAGGAAAUGAAACACUACCUGCAUUCGCAAGCUUGCUCCGUCUUCAACUACCACCUGAGUCCGCGGACUUUCCCCCGCUAUCCGGGGCUCAUGGUCCCACCACUACAGUGCCAAAUGCCCAUGGAGGAGCAGCCCCAGUUCCCCAUCAAGCUGCAGCCUCCUCCCGUCGGGCGCAAAAACAGGGAGAGACUGGAAAGCACCGAAGAGUCGGCGACCCCCCAGCUCGCCUCUCCGCCUCCCCCCAGAGUGAAGCUCGAGCCCCCCGUGGACAAAGAGGCAGAGCGCGAAGAGCCGCCCGCAAAGGGAAAAGACAAAAACGAGAAGGAGGAAACCUCCAGCAUGGCAGCGCCCAGCACCAGCCUGGAAGAGGAGAAAGGAUCGGUGUUUGCCAGACCUGCCGCCCCAUCCUGGCACCCGGCACCGCUGGCUCCCGCCCAGGCUCUGGGCCCAGCCGAAGAACCCCAAGAUCAAGGGGAAAGCAGCGGCGAGAAACCCCCCCGAGAAGCCUCCGGAGAACCGGGAGCGCAGGAGAAACGCGAGGACGCCCUGAUGCCCCCCAAGCUGCGUCUCAAGCGCCGCUGGAACGGGGACCGGCAGGCGGACCCCCCCGAGGAGCACCCCAACGGCCGCGUCCCUUGGAAUGGGGUGCUGGGCAGCCCACACCUCGCGGCCGGGCCCAAGGCCGUGGCGGCCGCCGCUGCCUCCGACGCCUAGGCCGCGUGCCGAUACCAUCCGUGUAUUUAUGU